AUGAUCCAUUUUUCACCAUUUCCGGAUGCUACCUUAGCUGCCUCGCGCAUUCGCGCACAAACGUUCCGCAAUGACGUCAGGGACUCCUCGAAAGGCUGUGCGAUGACCCCUUCUCAUGUCGUCCUCACGCCGCGUCUCCUAAUGCCCCUUUCCAGUACUGCCUCCUACUGGCACCUCGUUCUCGAACCGCGUCCGCCUAUUGCCGCCUCUAGGGGUGCCGUUCCUAAUACUUCCCUCUGCCUCGUAUUCGCAACAGCGAUCCGCGUACGCGUCUUAGACCUCCUCGUUACACGCACAAUGGCUGCUGUCGCAGCCGUUGACCUUGUUGCACCUGCUAGUGGCGAGUGUGCUUGUAUCGAGGACAGCGGACCUGAAGACUGGCGAUGGGCGGCUCAGUGCAUGAUUUGGCGGAUGGAGCCACCGAUGGCUGUGAUUCAAAGGGCUACGAAAGGACAUGAAGGCGUUUUAACAGAGGCCUUGCAGCAGCAGCUAGUGACCAUGCUACAGUCACACCCGCUCGAUCCUCGUUUCUCUGCUGACCGCGCCUACUCACUGCGCUUUCUGAAGCAGCUUAUAACGGAGGCAGAGAGGAGCCCGCGAGGGGAGGUUUGGGAGGAGCUCUACCCGCUCUAUGUGGACGCGCUGGCCGCUGCCAGGGGGAGUGGGGAGGGUGGGGAGGCGGAGGAAGGGGAGGAGACUGUAGACAGCACGCCCUGGUGUUUCCACACAUACGCGCUGCGCCUGCCGCCGCUCUCCUCCUGCCCGCCGUACCCUCGCCUGCACACAAGCAACUUAAACAGCCCCACCUGCUCCGCACACCCUUCCUCCUCCCAUGCAAGCGCCGCCUCCCAUGCGCUCACAGUGCGUGUGUCUCGUGACAUGCUGAGAGGCGGCACAGGCUGCACGGCAUGGCCAGCUUCGCUCUUCCUCGCAGAGGCCCUCCUCUCCCACCCGGCGCUCCUCCUCCCCUCACCCCGCCGUCCCUCCACGCACUCGCCCAUUCCACCCACCACCGCGCCUUCUGAGUCAACACAAGGAACUCCAGCCGCCCUUGUUACUGCCGCUCCAGUGGGUCCCUCGGAGCGCCCUCUCAACGCGCCAGUGAAACCAGUGUGUGGGGGGGCGCGCCCUGUGAGAGGGCCGGUGUGUGUGGAGCUGGGGUCAGGUUGUGGGCUGCUGGGGCUGUGCCUCGCGCCGUUCCCGCUGGGAAAGGUCACACCUGCACUCGCCUCAUCCCUCUCUGCUGACGUCAUCAUUGGUGCUGACAUCGUGUAUGAUCCCUCUGUGGUGCCUGCCCUAGCUGACGCGCUGGCAGCCCUGCUGUCCACGUCAGCGCACCACGCACGCACAGAGGGCGCCACCUGGCAAGAUAACCGCGCAGCUGGAAUGGCACAAGCUGAUCCCACACAGCACACAGGCAUGCCUGAAAAUGCCACCUCAUCCCUACCCAUCUCCCUUCCUCCGCCCCCCUACGCCCUCAUAGCCUCCACGCAUCGCAACCCGCUCACCAUGGCAUGCUUCCUGCAGGCCCUACAGGACCGUGGGCUGCAGGGUUUCCUGCGAGCUUCGACUACUAGCUGCUUCGGUACUGCGUGUGCAAAGCUCAUCUCAAGCCAGCAGCAGUUUUGCGAAUCUUUCACCGCGUUGAACGUCAUGGCUGCCCUUGUCCAAGUCGCGCCAGGUUCAUGCCUUUCCGCGUCGCUCGCACCGUCGUCGGGCCGGAGGAGCACCUCCCAACCGGCGUCGUCAGACUGUCGGCCAGUCUCUGCUUCUUCUCAACUCAGCAGCUGCGCAGUUCGCGCGAGACACCGCGUUCCCCUGCUGAGACACGUGGCAGCAUUCCAAGAUGAUGCGUGUCGAGCGUUCUACGAGCCAGUACGUUGCAAGAAGGCGGACAAGGAGAGCAAGGGCUUCAAGGAGGCGAAGCGGUCGCUGAAGGCGAAAGCGGCGGUGCUGGAGUCGCAGUUCGUCGCCUUGGCCGAAGCCGUUGACUCAGACGAACGGCUGACCGGCGUUGCGACGGCCACCUCGGUUGACGCGGACUUCGUGGCGACGGUGCUUCGCGAGCUGAAGGAGAUCAAGGCGGAGCUCAAGUCGCUCAAGCAGAUGCAGAAGAAGAUGAUGGACUCCUCCUCCUCCUCCUCCUCUUCCUCGUCCUCUUCGUCUAGCAGCGACGGCGGCAUGGGUGGGAUGAAGGCCAGGCGCAUGGAGCGCCGCAAGGCACGGCAGCAGGGCGCAAUGGGGAUGAUGGGGACCGGGGGGACCGUGGGGGGCUCCGUCGCCACUGGUGCUGCUGCUGCCGGUGCGGCUGUCAUCACUGCUCCUGUUGCCGCCGCCGCAGCUCCUGCCACCGUUUCCGCCGCUUCGUCAUCCGUGCAGUCGGUGAUAGCCGCGUCGCCCGUCCCCGCCGCUCCUGCCAAUCCAGUGGCAUCCGUUCUUGCCGCGCAGGCACAAGUCGCCUCGGAAACCCCUAGGGUGUGGGAGAUCGAAGACGUGGUUUCCGCGAUCGCAGGAGGCGCGUCUUUCACCAGCUCCGCGCUGCCCUCCGCCCUCCAAACGCCUGUCCAACUCCCCCCUGUGCAAGCCCCGCCUUCCCCCUCUCCACUCCCCGCACCCACCUCCCCUCUUCCCGCUGCGGUUGUCUCGCCUGUCAUCCCUGGCACUGCGGCAUCGCUGCUGCAAGGGAGCGUGGCGGUGGGUGUGACUGUAGCGGGGGACGUGGAGGUGUGCAUUGGCGGGAAGUGCAAGAAGAAUGGAGCGGGUGAGAUCCUAUCCGCCUUCCAGGCGCAAGCAGCGGGAACAGGUGUGCAUGUGGAGGCGUGCAAGUGCAUGGGCAAGUGCAAGGCAGCGCCGAACGUGAGAGUGUGGCAGGAUGACGAGGACGAGCCGCAAAUGGAGAGUUAUCUGGCGGUAGAGGAUGUGGGCAUGCUGAUGCAGAGGCACUUCGGCCUGCAGCCUGCUCCCGUGCCUGCUGCUGGAGCUGGAAUUAUGUGA